AUGACUCCCCUGGAAUUGGCAAAUUUUGUGCCGAGUUAUAACGACCAAAGAUCUCCCCAAGGGGCGCCGAACCCCCCACCAACACCGAGCACCACGGCGACCGAUGGUAUUCCCUCUAAGGAUGGACUGGGACCUAAGAUCUGGACUGGCACUCACUUCUUGCCUCGAUUUGUGCGGGCCGCGGAGGUACCUGGUGAGGGAAUGUGUUACUUCUACGACGAUGGCAGUUACUGCAAGGCAGUGAUCAAUGGCGAAGCAGUCAACGCCCACUGGGGUGUUACCAAGGCUGGUAAGCCUCGAAAGCGACUGGCGAUUUCUUGUGUGACAUGCCGCGAGAAGAAGAUCAAGUGUGACCCAGAUUACCCCCGCUGCGUUCAGUGCGAGAAGUUUGGUCGGGUGUGCAAGUUUAAGAACCAUCCACGCAAUGACUCCCCUGGAAUUGGCAAAUUCUCCGCGAUGACUCCCCUGGAGUUGGCAAAUUCUCCCCCUUUUGUUGAGCAACGCAUCGACAAGCUCAAUGCUAUCAAUGCCGAGAGUUUCGAUCCUCUCCUUAACCCGCGUCCUGAAUCUGUGCGGUUCUCUCAGCCGGUGCCUCCCUCCGCCUCCGAACAAGACAUACUCGACGUUCCUCAAGACACUCAGCCUAGCGCCAAACCGAACCCUCCCUCCAAUAGUGGACGUGACGAUUCUCACAACGCCUCGCAUCCCGAAGACUCUGGGUACGCAUCGAUAGCAGCGGCUGUCUAUUUUCCAGUGCGCGGGACGAAAGACGCCGCUGAAGAGAUGGUUGGGGUAGCAGAUGACGACGCCGACGCCAGAACUACAUACUCCAAGGUGACCAACGAAGAUCCCCUGACGACACGCGAUUUUGUCCACGAGCUCGCCAGCGACAUUCACGGGAAUUUGAAGCUUUCGAUGUGCCCUGAUGACUGGCCACUGGUUUUGAAGUCGCUUCCUGAACUCCUCAAGGCCUUCGCUAUAAGGAUUGGUAGCAAUGGCGCGUCACAGGCCAGCCGUGAUGUGAUGUACUUUAUUCACAAGCAACACCGGGCCAUUACCGAUCAGUUCAAGAGAUUACUUCUUGACCUGGUUGAGGAUGACGUCGCAUCCUGUGUUGACAACGACAUGGAUAUCAUGUCCUUGCAAGACAAGAUAGACAUGUGGCAGGAUGAAAAGAUGUCCAUACAGGAGAGUGCACCACAGAACAGUGAAUUGUUUCAAAACGUGGCUGACGACGACUCCAACAUUACUGCUUCACUCCUGUACAGCAAGAUGGUUCUGGAGAGCAAGGACUACUCUUGGUUGGUUCAGCGUCUCGAGACAGAGUUGUCCCUCGAGCGGGGCGAAACCAAACCCUCAGGUGACAAUAUACCCAUACGACAACAGAUUGUUUCAAUGCUCCCACCCAGCAACAUCAGCAAGAAAAGGCGGCCAACUCAGCAAGUUGUUGUUCUUCAGCUCCCCCCACAGCCAAUUCGCUUUCUGCCCUCCGAUCCCGUUUUGGUUACUCCCAGUUCCCACAGUCUCCAGUUGACCAACAUAUUGGCCUACGUCAACCAGACCUGGCCAUUGUUCGGCGAGGAACUACUGAACUUCGUCAGCGGGGCAUUUUCACAUCCUCAUUCCACCGCGACUAUACACUCAACGACUCUGGCCGACGAUGCACAGCUAGUUGGGCUUUUUGGUUCUUCAUGUUCGCUUGUCGGCAUUACGGGCCCAGCUUACUCUGUCUCUGAGAUUGGAGAACAGCUGGCCUGGUUGGCAGCUGCUACCUCUAAACCUCCACACUCAAAUGACAGCCAUGUCAUUUUCACUAAGCCAUCAGUUACCUAUCUUGGACGCCAUGCCGAGGACUCGUGCCCACCUCAGUGGAACAUUCAGGGUGAUCUAGAGAGAUUCCUGUGCGCAGCCUCAGGCUUGGAGCGCCAGGGUUUCAAUGGGGAAGUUGCAUCAAGCUUGAGAAACCCAACCAGAGAGAUGAAAGGGUUUGUCGCAAUCCAGGUAGAAGUUUCGCAUGAACAUGGAUCCUAUGCGAAAAGGCAAUGGAGAACCCUCUUGGACCAGUUGCUGGGGUCCUGCCCACCUGUUGUUACGGGCUAUCCCAUAGCUCGGAGGCUACAGGGGUGCCUGGGCCUUGAGCUGCCUUACCCAUUGUUGCGGCAUGCUCAAGAUACAGACCUGGGCGACUCUUGCCGCCUGAAAGAGCCCUCUUUGGAUCUUGUUCAAGCAGGAAGCGCUAAUGGUGUUGUUUAUUGGCAUGACAAACACGCUCAUAAGUGCUCGACUGAUCGCUUCUUGCAUACCCAUGGAAACGGCCUCGGGGUGGCAUUUUCUCACAGCGUUUUAGAAAAGCGGCGUCACGUUAUCUGUGACUGCGAGCUCUACGUAGCUACGGAAGAUCAGGAAACCUCCAUAGCAGCUAGGUCCGUCUUGAGCGACCCUUUGACUGGUAGCCUGAUGUCGGUGUCAAGCGACUCAGUGAAUAUUGGCAGACCAAACAGUGGAGGCUCUGGAUUCCAUUUCUUCAAGGAUGUGUUUAGGCAUAUCGUACUGGGGUAUCUUUCCCAAGCUCCCGUCGACGACAGCUCUUCUACAAGUGGUUCAAGGUUACCGCCGUCAGGAACACGCUCAUCGACCUCACACAGUGGCUCUUCAACGCAAAUCAGACCUCGGAAGCGUCAACGAGGGAACGAUGAGCCAGAGGAUGACAACGAUGAUCUUCAACCAAGGAAAAAGCUCGGAGGACAAUCAUCUUGUUCUUUGGCGAAGCCCAAAUUCCUAGCCUGCCCGUUCUGGAAGCUUGAUCCCAAAAAGCAUUGGGAGUGUUUUUCGAAGAAGAUCACAACGGUCAGCUACGUCAGGCAGCACUUGGACAGACGGCAUACCCCCGCUCUCUAUUGUCAGACGUGCUUCACUAUUUUUGCGGACGAGGCCCCCCUCGACAAUCACAUCCUCAGCAGAUCCUGUGAACGGGAUCCUUUGAAAGGUUUGGAUGGUAUUUCGACAAUUCAAAGCCGCAAGUUCCCCAAGAAAUCGAAAGGGACGACCGAGGAGCAGUGCGAGUCACGACCACUGAGUAUCUACAUCGACUUUGACCAGUCAGCGGAUUUCGUUCUUCUGCGAGAGUUUUGCCAGAGAGAUGGUGUCUCUAUUCUUCAUGACAGGGUUCGAGCAACAGGAAGAAUAUUGAGACCAGACGUGUCAGAGCAAGAGGUGAGCGACACACUUCGGCAAGCGCUCGAUUCAUUAUUCGAGUAUUACCGCAUGAACGAAGCCCGGGUCCCAGAGGAGCCUCUACACACUGAAAGCGGUACAUUGGGCAACUCAAGGCCUCAAGGGGUCAUUGCAGACAACCGAAGCACAGACAGCGGUUUGAUACUGAGCUCUCACUCUUCUCGUGGCUCCCUUGCCGACGACGGUGCAAUCACAUCGAGGCCAGAGAUCAGCAACGCACGAACUCCAGCAAUAGAAGCCAUCCAGUCAGCGACCCAAGCUCAAACAGACCCUGUUGGUUCAUUACAAGUAUUGGAAGCCUUCAACACGGAUGUGUCGCAGGACUGGGGGAUGUUGGGAGAAACGGAGAGUGCUUUUGGGGGAGCCAACUUGGACGAGCUAUACGAUAGAUUGGUUGUUCAAGGUGGUGCGGUGGAGCUUGAUGGGGACCUAGAGACAUGGACAAUGGACGAAAGGAAGAGGCUCCUUGCGAAGCGUUGCUAUGCUCAUGGCUCUACAGCAGGAAGAACGAAUGAAAAAUCUGAUGACGCUAAUUACUCCAAAUUCCACCCAAAUAUCAUGACUCAUGGCAGUAUAUAUCGUAAAUGA